CCGGUUCCGGGGAGGGGCCGAGUUUUCUUCGAAGAUUAGGGUCUCCGCGCUACAGACAGGAUGGCUGCGGUGUCGUCGCUGCUGUUGUUCGGGGGUUUGUGGAGUGCUGUGGGAUCGUCCAAUCUGGCUGUCGUUACAUGCGGUUCUGUGGUGAAGCUGCUCAAUACGCGCCACAACGUGCGACUGCACUCACACGACGUGCGCUACGGGUCAGGUAGUGGGCAGCAGUCAGUGACAGGUGUAACCUCUGUGGAUGACAGCAAUAGUUACUGGAGGAUACGGGGGAAGACGGCCACAGUGUGUGAGAGGGGAACCCCCAUCAGAUGUGGUCAGCCCAUCCGGCUGACACAUGUCAACACUGGCCGAAACCUCCAUAGUCACCACUUCACCUCACCUCUUUCUGGAAACCAGGAAGUGAGUGCUUUUGGUGAGGACGGUGAAGGCGAUUAUCUGGAUGACUGGACGGUGCUCUGUAACGGGCCCUACUGGGUGAGGGAUGGUGAGGUGCGGUUCAAGCAUUCUUCCACUGAGGUUCUGCUGUCUGUCACAGGAGAACAAUAUGGUCGACCCAUCAGUGGGCAAAAAGAGGUGCAUGGCAUGGCCCAGCCAAGCCAGAACAACUACUGGAAAGCCAUGGAAGGCAUCUUCAUGAAGCCCAGUGAGUUGUUGAAGGCAGAAGGCCACCACACAGAGCUAUGAGUCUGGAGGCUGUGAGCCACUGUCACCACACAGUGUUCAUAGACAUCUGCUGCUCCUUCACCCUUUGGAUCCCUGCCACGGGUGACCAUGUCACCAGAGAUGAAGAUGCAUGAUAGGAAACAGUGGAUGUGUUUGGAAGCCUCAGCCCUUCACAGUUGAAUUUGUUGUUCUCCCAGACUUGGGUCAGUUAUUUCUGAGUAUAAGACUUGUUGGUGAAGGAGCAGGUGCUUUUUAUUCAUAUUAAUAAAAAACUGAGGGAGGCAUCCCUCCUAGCUGGGAAAUUUUUAUUCCUCAGAAUCUUGGCAUCAUGGAUUAUUAAUGUGUGUGACUUUUCUCCCACUUUCUUUCUCCAGAAUGAUAUAAAAAAUUUCACUGUUA